AUGAAGUUCGCUUUGGCAGUUUUGGCCGUCCUGGCCGUGUCCAGUCCGCUGGAGGCGUACAAGGUCCCACGAGUAGGGACGGGUGCUCUGGCCGACGAAAUCCAGGACUUCGCGGACAUAUUGCCCAUGAACGAAAUGGUGAAAAUCGUUUUGCAAUAUCUUUCCGACGACGCUGAAUUCCAACAGCUGGUCGGCUACUUGCAAUCGAACGAAUUCAAGAACCUGAUCAAAGGCGUCGAAGGCCUUCCUGAAUUCAUCGACUUGUUGAAUUAUAUGCAAAAGUCUGGUUUGGACAUCUACUACUUGAUAAACAAGGCAAACGCGUUCAUCGGCCUUCCAAAACUCCAGGCUCCUCAAACGUUCGGGAUCUACAAGAUUAGCGGUGGAAUUCGUGGCUUCCUGGACGAUAUCGAGGCCAUCUUCCCCGCGCAGAGUGUGAAGGAUCUGUUCGCGUACAAAAUGGCCAAUUCUAAGGUGUUUAUCGAAUUCAUGGCUCGCCUAAGAUCACCUGCUACCCAGAAGAUCGCCGAUUACAUCGUCGCCAAUCCGAACUUGACUAAUCUCCUGGCCAAGGCCGAACAGGCUGGGAUUAAGAUGGAAGACGUCAAAGAGUUCUUAGAGAAGUUCCUUGGCAUCAAGCUCCCCAUGAAGUUCGCUUUGGCAGUUUUGGCCGUCCUGGCCGUGUCCAGUCCGCUGGAGGCGUACAAGGUCCCACGAGUAGGGACGGGUGCCCUCGCCGACGAACUUCAGGACUUCGUGGGCAUAUUGCCCUUGGAGCAUAUUGUGUCGAUCGUUUUUGAGUAUCUCGCCGAAGACGCUGAAUUCCAGACGUUCGUCGAGUACAUGCGCUCCACCGAAUUCAGAACCUUGAUUCUGGACAUCGAGGGCAUCCCCGAGGUGAUCGACCUGCUGAACUACAUGCAGAGGGCUGGCUUCGAUAUCUACAAGCUGGUGAACAAGGGAAACAAAUUCCUGGGCCUUCCGUACCUCGAGCCGCCCCACGUGUUCAUGAUUUACAGGACCACCGGUGGAAUCCGCGGCCUCCUCAACGAAAUCGAGGCUGUCUACCCCAAACAGAAGGUGAAGGAUCUCUACGCGUACAAGGUGGCCCAUUCCAAGCUGUUCGCCGAGUUCGCGGCUCGCCUGCAGGACCCCUUAAUGCAGAACAUCGCCAACGACAUCCUCGCCAAUCCGAACUGGAACGGUUUCCUGAACAAAGUUACGAAAGCUGGCGUUAAGAUCGAAGACGCCAAGGAAUUCCUCGAGAGAUUCUUCGGCAUCAAGAUCCCUACCGCCUUUUAAACGGACUAUCGAAGAAGACUGAUUGCUGUGAAAAGUGGAACAUUGAAAUCUCUGCGCGAUAAACGUGCAAUUUUGUAGUCCGUAUAUCGGAGAAACGAAAGUGAAUUUUUAUUGGUUAUCGGAGGAUCGUCGUUGUGGCGUUUUUUUUAAAUAGAAAAUGAUGUUUUAUGAAGAGGGGGGUACGUUUACAACAAGACUUGAUAAA